UAAACAAAUGAAAGAAUAACCUGAUGCUUGUGUUAAAUACAUUAUCGACAAAUAUUCCUGAUCAUUAUGAUCAUCAUCAAUUUAAUAAUAAUCUGAAUAAUGGAUUUUUAUUAAAAAAUAAACGUCAAAAACAACAACGAAGACGACAAAAAAGUGGACAAAAAAUUAUAAACAAUAAAAUUUUAAAUAAAUCGAUUGAAAUCGAUAAAAAUAAUCCAAAUAAUAAUAAUAAUAAUAAUACAGAAAUGUCGACAACAAUGGGUUGGCAAUUUCAACAUCAACAUGCUGGUUCGAUGCAAACAAAUACCGGUCAAAUUACCGGUACUAUUCAACAACAACAAUCAUCAUCAUCAUCGGUACAAUCACAAAUGAUUGGUGGUUCAUUACCAUCAAUGAUGGGUGGUGGUGGUGGUGGUAGUAAUGGUCUCGGUAAUAAUCCACUUUCAAACACAACAACAGUAAUUCCACAUUCAACAAAUGGAAUUCCAUAUGGUGGUGGUGUAACCGCAAAUAAUAAUAAUGGCCAUUGGCCACAACAACAACAAAAAUUAUCAUCAUCAUCGAUUACGAAUCAACACAAUGGUGCCAUGAUAAAUUCCGGUUAUAAUAGUGUUGGCAAUAAUAAUAAUAAUAAUAAUAAUAAUGGUUUAAUGAUGAACAAUAAUUAUUCAAUGAAUAAUAAUAAUUAUAGUGAUCCAACUACAACAGCAUCAACAAUGUGUGGAUUAUCAUCAAAUAAUGGUAAUCAUCAUCAAUUACAACAACAACAACAACAACAUCCAAAUUAUCAUCAUCAUCAUCAUUCACAUCAAAUGUCCAAAAUGUAUGCACAACAACAACAACAACAACAACAAUCGUCACUACCGGUACAAUCACAAUUACAACAAUCAACGCCUACAAUACCAUCAACACCCACACCAAUUGUAUCAGCAACAACAACAACAACAACGACUAAACAAACUGUUUCUGGACGAAAACGAAAAAAUCAAUCACAACAACAGCAACAACAACAACAACAACAAAAUCUUCAACAACAACAACAACAAGAACCAUACAAUAUUCGUUAUAAUUCGAAUAAUGGACAAACACCUCCAAUGAAUAAUGGUGUUUUAGGUGUUGUUGGAGAUUAUCAUAGUGCCAAUAAUAAUAAUAAUAAUAAUAAUUCAAUGUUGAUGCAAUCACAUCAUCAUCAUAUGGAUGGUUCAUCCAUUAGACAUGAUUCAACAACAAUGUAUCAGCAUAUGAAUAAUUCUUAUCCAAAUCAACAAUCGUAUCAAACAACACAACAACAACGAAUGCAAUCAACAAAUUGUCUAAAUGGAUCUCUUAAUAAUAAUAAUCAAUGUACCUCGCAAUCAUCAUCUACAAUGGCUAUGACAGCCGGACAUCAAACAUGUGGUCCAACAAUGUCUGGUCAUCAUCAUUCUCAUCAUAAUGGUGGUCCACAUCAUGGAAACGGAAUGAUGAUGUCUGCUACAGCACAUCAAGAUCCGACAAUGAUGACACCAACAACAGCAAUGAAAUCAAAUAAUUAUAGCGGUGGUCGUGCAUCGACAAUGCGUAAUGUUGCUCCAUCAUCGAAUCAAGCCCCUUACUCAACAUCGGUCAAUCCAACACAACAACAUUAUUCUACUUCACAGACGCCAAAACGAUCUUCUUCUUCCUCAUCAUCAACUGCAAUGUCACAACCAUAUUCAAUGAUGAAUCAAAAUAAUGUUUAUCAUAAUAAUAAUUAUGGUAUGCAAUCACAACAAAAUCAACCUCAUUUCAAUAACUCACAGUAUCCUGUUAAUCAGAACAUGUCGUACAACCCGAAAACAUCAUCAAUGCCAUCACAGCAACAAACACAAUCGCAGCAACAACAAAUGUUCAAUAAUUCGAUGAUGCCUGUUGCAACAAUGAAUAAUGGCAACAAUAAUGGUUAUCAUCAUCAUCAUCAUCAUCAUGGACAAUCGCCGAAUGCAGUUACAGCAACAGCUACGGCCAAAUCUACUCAACAUCAACAACAACAACAACAUCAUCAUCAUCAUCAACAACAGAUGCGUAAUCAACAAGGUCAAUUCAUGUCAAGCAAUCAAUAUUAUUCACCAUCAUCAUCGACAACACCAACGGUGGCUGCAACAUCGGCUACUUCAGCUACAGCGGCAUCCGCCCAUCUUCAACAAUCACAACAAAUGGCCCAAAAUCAUUCCAAUCAUUCACAUCAUCAUUCUCAUCAUCAACAACAUCUUACGCAUCCACAGCAAGCACAAAUGCAUCAAACUCAUCAUUCACUUCAUCAAACUAAUAAUCAAAUGACUGGCAAUACAUCAAACAAUACGAUCUCAAAUAUUCAUCAUCAUCCUCAUCAAUAUGAUAUCAAUAAUUCUGGUAGCUAUGGAACGGGAGGUGUUGGUAGCCAACCUUAUGGCCAACAACAUCAUAAUAGUUCUUAUUCACAACAACAACAACAACAACAUUGGUCAAUGUCUGGUUCCGGUGGUGGCCCAAACAAUCAGAGUCAACAAUGUAAUGGUGGUGCCAUUGGUAACAAUAUCAAUUCGUAUCAACAUUCACCGAUUCCGGGAAAUCCUACACCACCAUUGACACCGGCAUCAAACAUUCCACCAUAUCUGUCACCAAAUGGUAUUGAUAAUAAAUCAUCAAAUUUAACGAUCAAUGAUGUUAAGCCAAGACUUUCUUCAAAUCAACAUGAUGACGAAAUUCGAUUAACAUUUCCGGUACAUGAUGGUAUUAUUUUACCACCAUUCCGUUUGGAACAUAAUCUUGCUGUCAGUAAUCAUGUAUUCCAUUUAAAACCAAAUGUUUAUGAAACAUUAAUGUGGCGUCAUGAUCUAGAAUUGCAAUUGAAAUGUUUUCAUCAUCAAGAUCAACAUAUGAAUACUAAUUGGCCAGCAUCGGUUCAGGUGUCGGUCAAUGCCACACCAUUAGUGAUCGAACGUAGCGAUACGAAAACGUUCCAUAAGCCAUUAUAUCUAAAAGAUAUUUGCCAAUCUGGACGUAAUAUGAUUCAAAUUACUGUGACCGCUUGCUGUUGUUCACAUCUUUUCAGUUUACAAUUGGUACAUCGGCCAACAUUACGUUCUGUGUUACAAGGUUUACUACGAAAACGUUUGCUUCCAGCCGAUCAUUGCGUGACAAAAAUCAAACGAAAUUUUUCCAACAAUGGAUCAUUGACGCCAUCACAACAAUAUGAAGAUAGUAUUGAACCGACUGCCAUUAAAGUUCCACUUAAAUGUCCGGUCACAUUCAAAAAGAUCUUAUUACCAUCACGAGGUCCAGAUUGUAAACAUAUCCAGUGUUUUGAUCUUGAAUCUUUUCUUCAAAUGAAUGCCGACAAAAGUACCUGGAAAUGUCCGAUUUGUAAUAAACCGGCUUUUCUCGAAGGUCUUGAAGUUGAUCAAUAUAUUUGGGGUAUAUUGACAUCGACCGGUUUAGAUGUUGAAGAAGUGACUAUCGAUUCGAAUGCUUAUUGGAAACCAAUCAAUAAAUAUGAUUCAGGAAACUACAAUACUUCAAAACGAUUCAAGGCUAAUUCGCCGAAUAGUAUGCAAUUGCCAACAUCAAGUUCUUGGGAACUUGGUCAAGGUCUAUCGUCAUACCAAUCAUCGAUGCCCACACCUGACAUGCAAUCUAUUUUGAAUGGAUCCAAUGUUAACAACAAUAAUAGUGUUCAAUUGAAUAACGGCAAUAACUCAUCAUUUACACAAUCAUCAUCAAUGUCGAGCUUUGAAUUUCAAUCAUCUGCAUCUGAAUUUGCACCAUUGAUGCAUGAUGUAUCUAAUGAUAUGGCAAUGUCUACUAUCAAUCCAUUGACAGCGAUAGAAAAAUCUAUUAGUCAUGUAGAACAAAAUAUGGGUCCACCAGUAUUCGGAUCUUUAGGAUCAUCAACAACCACUUCCGAUAAUACGAUCAAUAAUGGAAUACCUACCCGACCAAAUAGUAAUAAUGCAAACAAUAUUAAUAAUAAUUUAAGUUCAUUGAAUACACCUCCAUCAACUUCAUCAUCAUCGGUUGCAUCAGUUUCCAGUAAUAAUAGUGGUGGUUCGAUUAUGAAUCCCGGUAGCCAUGGCCCACAUACACCUGCAACACCAUCAUCAUCAGCAGCUGUUGGUAAUAAUAAUCAUGGUGGACCAAAUACACCACACACACCACAUACACCGCACACACCUCAUACGCCCGGUAGUUCAAUGAAUCAAACAUCAGCACCUAGAACUCCACAAGGUAGUGAACAAUCAUUAUCAUCAACAAAUAGCCAAAAUGGUAGUAGUAAAAAUGGAAACAGUAAUAGUAAUCCCGGUUCUGCUUUGAAUGAUCUCCAUUUUGAUCCAGCUGCUGUUAUUGAUGGCGAAGGUCAAGGACAAGAAACACUUAAUCUUCUUCCGGAUAACAUAGUCGAUAUGGAAUUAUUAUCCUAUCUAGAGCCACCAGAUUCAGGCCUAGGAACGGGUAAUUCAUCAAGUGUUGAUCUAAAUGGAUCAUUAACAUCGGUCGAUGAUAGUGUUGUUGCUGACGAAAUACUCUCAUUAUUUGACAAUUGAUAAUUAAACAAACAAUAGCCAGUGACCAAUGGUAUUAUUAUUAUUAUUUAAAUGACGCUGUCUUCUACGAUUUUUAUCAAAAAAAU